AACCCGAGUGUUUGCAAUUAAAAAAAAGAUGCAGCCUUAUAUACUAAACUUACAUUUUUUAUCUUAUCUUGUUAAUUGAUAAAAAAGUAUCUUGAACACCAAAUAAUUUGUGGGCAUUUUAGUUACGCAUUGCGCCUUCUCUAGUACGGUUUGGCUUUAAGAAUAUUUUUGCGGACCGACAAAAAUGUUUAUCAACAUACUACGCCUUUUCAUUUUAGUGCUGUUCUGCACAGCGAUCAGAGCUGAAGAUGAUCACAAUGUCCAGCAGACAGUCAAAGCUUGUCCAUUAGAAAUGUCCUGCGGCAAAGUGAACGAAAGCAGCGCCAUCUGUCGUUGGGAUGAGCAAAAUGGCUGCAUAAGGAAAUACCCAUCCAAAUGUCAUAUGGAUAUUGCUGCCUGUAACGAGCGAACACCUUCGUCUGCUACCGAAAACUGAAGAAUCGAAACUCGUUUCUUACAGACUACAGCGACUAUAGUGACGUAUACUGCUC